CGACCUUGCAAGGAUCGUCGUGGGCCCAAAUUCCACCCUUUACACAUCCUCUUCCAGCUCAAGAUGUCGUCCCUGCCGCAGCAGAGGCGCAUAGAGGCACGGCCGUCCGCCCUCAGCCUCGAUCUGGGCGACAGCUGCUCACGUCUGCUGGCUGACCCAGCCGCGGCGCUUGCAGUGCCCCCUACCGCCCGCGCCGUGCUCGAGCAAUGGGUCAGCGGUCAAGGCUCUAGUCACAAGAAGCCGCAGAAGCUGUUGCAAUGUCUUUCAAGUCUCCUCAUCAUUCGCAAGCUCACAAUCGCUGUCGCAGCUCAUUUCAGACCACUUCUGCUUGAUCUUGCAGCAAGGCUGCUCCCCGUUGCAGAGGCUGAUUCGUGGCAAGAUGAGCGCCGUCUUGCCAUUCUGUAUGCCUUCGCCAACCUUCUAGCUCCGUUUCCCGAGAUUUACCCGAUCGUAUCACACUUUCUGGCGCUCCUUGCCUCCCGUGGAGACUCCAUCGGCGAUGAGCUCGAAGCUCUUCCCCAAGCAGGCACUGACUUGGCUCUUCUGUCGAUGGCCCGACUCUGCAUUGCGUCUCGACCUUUGGCUGCCCAACUUCGAGUUCAGAUGCCUGCCAAGGUUUUGCACUCCAUCUACACACGGCCGAAACAGUGGAGUCCUGCUUCUCGGUUGAUUGCCAUUAAGAUUCAGGCGAUGAUGGAGGGCUUGCCAGAGAGGUCGCGUCAGGAGCUGGAGCGGGCAUUCGUUGGCCAGCCCUCGGCGCCCUAUCCAGUUCACGUGAGCAGUAAGACUGCUGCUGCUGCUGUGGAGAUGGACCUAGACAGCGGUAUGGGCGAGUUCGAGAUCAAGAUCUUCGACGAUGGCACAUUUUUGGAGUCAGUUGACGCUUGGGUGCUGGCGCUUGCCGAGAGGGAUCGUCAGAAUAAAGUCCGGAAGAUGGCUCGCGCAAUCGAGGGUCUGUUGAUCUUCCACCAGACUGAGGAAGCUUGGAUCAAGUCAACAAAUCUGAUCACAUCUGUCAACGAUGUCGCCGGUGUUCUGGUGUUCCUCUCAGGACACACAAGCGAAGCAGGCCGGCAUCAAGCGCCCAGAGACGCUUUCUUUGUGUUGACCCCCAGUCACGCACCGACUCUGAAUAGCGUGGCUCAAGGCCUCGUGAGGCGACUACCGAUUCUCUUGUCUGGUCCUCCAUCUUCGGGCAAAACCUCUCUGCUGGAUCACCUUGGCUCUACUCUACACCCGAAGAAGAAAUCUGGAGAGUCCCAGAUUGUCACGCUGCAGUUGGGCGACCACUCCUCUCUGGAUGCCAAAUCCUUGAUAGGUACCUACACCUCAUCUGCUCGCAAUCCUGGGACCUUCGAGUGGGUGGAGGGCGCACUGACGAGAGCAGUACGCGACGGGAAGUGGCUGGUGUUGGAAGACAUUGAUAAAGCUAGCGGUGAAAUUCUGAGCGUCAUCAAGCCCCUCGUAGAAGCCUUCGGGCCAUCAAAGCGGCUAGGAGCUUCGGCUGAGCUGGAUCUGGGAGCCAAGGGAAAGAUCGUGGCAGGCCCGAAUUUCGCCCUCUUUGCCGUACGGUCCGUCAAUCCCAGCCGUAGCAGGGAUGGCUCUGUUGUGUUCUCUCCCCCUGCAUUCAUCGGCGCCAGUCAUUGGACCGAGGUAACGUGUCCAGCCCCCGGCGAAGAGGACAUUACCCACAUCCUCCAGGAACUAUAUCCGCGACUUUGCCAAGGCAAGCAGGGUGAACACCUUUUGGCGAAACUCAUCAACGCCUGGAGAGCACUUCAAGCCUCUUCCGCCUCCAGUCAAGCUCAACAAGUGCCGGCCAGCAGUCGACGUCAGCCAACUUUGAGAGAUCUUAUGAAGUGGUGUCGUCGAGUGGAGACCCUCCUUGUGGAGAGCUCGAUGACAAACGCGUCUCUGCUCGACGAUCAGCGACACAUGGAGCGGCUCUUCGUUGAAGCAGCAGAGGUCUUCCUUGGCGCCUACCACAUCACCACCUCGCCAGCAAUUGAUGCAUUCUUCAAGACUAGCGCAGAGGCUCUUGGGAUGGCACUUGGCUUGACUGCCGAUCGUGCUUGGUGGCUGCUACAAGGCCGUACCCCGGACCUGACUCUAAAAGGCAACCUCGACGCAUUGGACUCGGCAACAUCAGUCGCAAAGCUGAAGAUGGGCCGAGUGGAACUGCUGAGACAGCCGAAAGCACACAGCAGCACAUCCUCUGCCGUAGUCCCAUCUUCUCGAAGCUUUGCUCUCACAAGACCUGCGGCCGUUCUCCUUGAGAGAGUCGCUGCCAGUAUUGUCCUGUCAGAGCCAGUCUUGCUUGUGGGAGAGACCGGUACUGGAAAGACGACGUCGGUCCAACACCUUGCUUCUCUGCUUGGCCAACCAAUGGUGGCUUUGAAUCUCUCCCAGCAGACGGAAGCUGCUGACCUGCUAGGCUCCUACAAGCCUCUGGAACCUCGGCUGCCAGCUAUGGAGAUCCACAACGUCUGGUUCGAUUUGUUUGAGAGGACGUUCUCUGCAAAGAGAAACGCUCGUUUCGUCGAGCUAGAGCGCAAAGCAUUGCAGACCGGAAAGUGGGCUCGUCUGGCCACCUUGUGGAAGGAAAGCAUUCGCAUGGCCGAUGAACGUCGCGCCCGGAAGCUCAAGCUGCUCGACGAGGUCAAGGAACAGACCGACGCAGCGCCCCCACCUGUGUCGACGAGCCGCACCACCAAGAAGCGGAAGACGGCGCGAGGCCACACGCCAGUCUCUCCCGACGCCAAUGCGACCGAAGAAGCCGAAAGAGCAGCCGAGGACUCUUUGGAUCGUCUCUGGCAAUCCUUCAGUGCUUCAGUAUCGAACUUUGCAGUACAACAUGCUUCGCGGAAGAGGAACUUUGUCUUCUCGUUCAUCGAAGGUCCGCUCGUCAAAGCGAUUCAAGAGGGCUCAUGGGUCCUCUUGGACGAGAUCAACCUGGCUGCGUCAGAGACACUCGACUCUCUGGCUAGUCUGCUGCAGUCCUCUACUAGCAGCAUUACGCUUUUCGAGAAAGGAGACAUCGAGCCGAUCAAGCGCCACCCCAGUUUUCGACUGUUCGCUUGCAUGAACCCUGCCACCGACGUCGGCAAGAAGGACCUCCCUGCGAGCCUUAGAAGUAGAUUCACUGAGCUAUACGUCCAAAGUCCUGAUUCCGACCGUGAGGCACUGAUUGCCAUCGUCGAGAAGUACAUCGGUCACCUGACCGCAGGCGAUCGGAGUGCUUUGCUCGACGUAGCCGAGUGCUAUGCGGAGAUUCGUCGACUGUCCAGUGAGCAUCUUCUGGCAGAUGGCGCAAAUCAGCGGCCUCACUUCUCUAUUCGUACUCUCUCACGAGCGCUUACCUUUGCUUCCGAUCAAGCUGGGACCUACGGGUUGAGGAGGGCGCUGUGGGAGGGAUUCACCAUGGCCUUCACCAUGCUGCUGGACGACAAAAGCGCCACAAUAGUUCGCGACUUGCUCAGUCGACAGAUUUUGUCACGAGCUCGCAAUGCCAAUGCUGCAGCAUCUUUUGUGCCCGCCAGGCCAAAGAAGAGUGGCAUGUCCGAAGAUGACUUUAUCCAGAUUGGCCCAUUCUGGCUGCAAACUGGUCCCGAGCCUCUCGAUCCUGCCACCGACUACAUUCUGACCGCCUCGGUGCAAGCAAAGCUCAUCGGUCUCGCCCGAGCCAUUCUAGCUCGCAAAAGCCCUGUGCUGAUUCAGGGUCCAACCUCAGCAGGAAAGACCAGUGCCGUAGAGUACCUUGCACGACGGACUGGGCAUAGAUUUGUCCGUAUCAACAAUCACGAGCACACCGAUGUCCAAGAGUACCUUGGCUCAUACGCCUCCGAUCCAGACACUGGACGUCUCGUCUUCCAUGAAGGCCUCCUAGUCCAGGCGCUGCGUCGAGGAGAUUGGAUCGUCUUGGACGAGCUCAACUUGGCACCAACUGACGUUCUCGAAGCUCUCAACCGACUGUUAGAUGACAACAGGGAGCUCGUGAUCCCCGAGACAGGAGAGGUGGUCAAGCCGCACCCUCGCUUCAUGCUCUUUGCGACGCAGAACCCUCCUGGUAUCUAUGCAGGGCGCAAAGUCCUCAGUAGAGCUUUCCGCAAUCGAUUCCUCGAGGUUCACUUUGAUGAUGUGCCUCGCGCCGAGCUCGAGAAGAUUUUGUCGGAGCGAUGCAGAAUCCCCCUCAGCUAUGCUGGAAAGGUCGUCGCCGUCUUCGUCGAGUUGCAAAAGCGGAGGCAAGCAGGCAGAGUGUUCGACAGCAACCAAGCUUUUGUCACUUUGCGUGAUCUGUUCCGAUGGGGUCAACGAGAAGCCCAGGGCUACCAGCAACUAGCUGAAGACGGUUAUAUGCUCAUCGCAGAGCGAGCUAGGCGCUCUGACGAUAAGCUCGUAGUCAAGGAGGUCAUCGAGGAGGUCAUGAAAGUCCGCAUUGACGAGGAAGCCAUCUAUGAUGUUCGAGGAGCUGGCAAAGAAAGCGUUGCCUCUCGCGUAGGGGGCUUGCCACGAUUGCAGGCCAUGCUAGACGCUUCCGAAGCAUGUGGCAUCGUCUGGACAAGGGCAAUGCAGCGGCUGCUGUACCUCGUUGCUACCUGCUUGAGGUAUGACGAGCCAGUUCUGCUGGUCGGCGAGACCGGCUCCGGCAAGACGUCCGUCUGCGGUGUCCUCGCGCAAGCUUUGGGCCGUCAGCUGCAUACCGUCAAUUGUCAUCAGAAUACCGACACUGCCGAUCUUCUAGGUGGCCAGAGACCGAUCCGUAACCGGACCUCGCUGCUGGCCAAGGCUCGAAUGGAGGCAGAGCGCCUCUUGUCGGACCUCGGACAAGCCGAUAUAUCCACUCCUGGCGAGGAAGUCGACCUUGCAUCAAUUUCUUCGGCAUUGACCCUGGCACUUGCUGCCUUACCCGUGGAAGAUCCGCGCAAAGCGCAAGGUCAGGCGGCUCUGCAGCAGAUCAACCAGGCCAGUGCCCUGUUCGAGUGGCGCGACGGUCCUCUUGUGGAUGCCAUGAGAGCCGGAGAUCAUCUCUUGCUCGACGAAAUGUCCUUGGCGGACGACAGUGUGCUCGAGCGCCUGAACAGUGUUCUAGAGCCGGGUCGUACACUCGUUCUAGCUGAACGCAGUGGUGCAUCUACAGACUCAAGCGAGCCUCUCAAUGCCAUUCAGAUCAGGGCCAAAGACGGCUUUCAGAUCAUCGCAACCAUGAAUCCUGGAGGCGAUUACGGCAAGAAAGAGCUCAGCCCUGCCCUUCGCAAUCGAUUCACCGAAAUCUGGGUACCACAGGUCGAAGACAGGCGCGAUAUUUUGCAGAUCUUCGACACUCAAUGGCGAGACGAAUCGCUCAGCGUGUGGGGUCCGGAGAUCCUAAAUUUCGCCGAGUGGUUCACCCGUCAGAUCGGGGGAGACAGUAAUGCAGGUGAUCGAGCUGGCAUCGGACUGCGAGACUACAUCUCCUGGGUAGCUUUCAUCAACGCUACAGCCGCUGGCUCUGCGCCUAUCCUCGAUGGCAGUGAUGCCUACGCGCACGGCGCCUUGCUCACUUUCGUUGACGGUAUUGGCGCUCUUACUGCUACCUCUGCCAUGACUACCCUUGGCCUCCGAGAGCUCAGAGAAAGGUGCUUGAAGAAGCUACAAGAGCUCUGCGGAGAGCGAAUGUCACUAUCUGCAGCGGGAGACGCCGAUCUCGUGCCGAGCAACGACCAGCAAAGAUUCGCGAUAGGUCCAUUUGCUAUCAGUAGAGGACCAGUCGAGUUACCCGACGGUGAAGACGAAUUCAGCUUUCGAGCCAGUACGACGGCAAAGAACGCAGUCAAAGUGCUCCGCGCCUUGUACGUCCCCACCAAGUCGAUCCUGCUCGAGGGCAGUCCAGGAGCUGGCAAGACAAGCCUGGUCGGCGCACUGGCCAAAGCCUCUGGCAACUAUCUGACUCGAAUCAAUCUUUCUGAUCAGACGGAGCUCAUCGAUUUGUUCGGUGCAGAUCUCCCUGUGGAAGGUGGAGGCCCAGGAGAGUUUGCAUGGAAGGAUGCUGCCUUCCUCCGAGCGAUGGAGCGCGGCGAAUGGGUGCUCCUAGACGAGAUGAACCUCGCCUCUCAGAGCGUGCUAGAGGGCCUAAACUCUUGCUUGGACCAUCGAGGUUCGGUCUAUAUUCCUGAACUCGGACGCUCCUUUGGAAAGCAUCCCAACUUCCGUCUCUUUGCUGCCCAGAAUCCUCAUCAACAAGGUGGAGGCCGUAAAGGCUUGCCAAAGUCUUUCCUCAAUCGUUUCACGAAGGUGUACGUUGAUGAGCUUCAAGCUGAGGACAUUUUGACGAUUUGUUCCCACCUCUACCCAGGCUUUCCAAUGUCCGACCUGGAAAGGAUGAUUGCGUUCAACGCUCGUCUGCACGAAGAAGUCAUGGUCAAGCACAGCCUAGGUCGCCAAGGGUCGCCUUGGGAAUUCAAUCUGCGGGAUCUUCUGCGCUGGUUGACGCUGAUUCACUCGGACUUGGGGCUCAACUGGGCCCACCGACCUGCCGAACACCUGGCAUCACUUUACAUUCACCGUUUCCGUAAUCUAGCCGACCGACGAGCCGCAGGCGCUAUCUAUUCGGAUGUCUUUGGAACUGAAUACGACGUCGACCAUCGUCCGUGGCCAAUGCUUACUCCCCACCACGUACAAUUUGGACAUGUCCUCCUCGAUCGCAAAGCCACAAUCCCUUCGUCGUUGCAACAGCAAUUUGCACUUCUCCAGAGGCAGUUGCCAGCUCUAGAGUCGCUGGCAGAUUGUGUCCGCCUGCAGUGGUUGUCCAUAGUGGUCGGACCAGCUGGUUGCGGAAAGACGAGCCUUGUUCGAUUGCUGGCAUCGCUGACCGGGCGGAAGCUACAGGAGAUGCGGAUGAACAGUGGUGUGGAUACCAUGGACGUCCUCGGAACAUUUGAGCAGCUGGACCCCCACCGGAAUCUCCGACAUUUGGUAGACAAAGCAAAAGAAGCUCUCGAUGCCCACCAUCUCACAGCCUUGCGCUCUUCGUCGGAGGCAACCAUGGCGUCUUGGAACGCCGCGAAAAUCUCGAACGCUACUUGUUUGCAACUUUUGGCCCAGUCGACAGCGGCGCAAGAGGACCUUGCAUCCUCAAUCAAGCAAUCUGCAGUUGACAUCGACACCCUUGCAAAUAGCGAACACGUUCAAGACCUUGCCCAUAUCGCUGCAGCUCUGAAAAUGGAAGCCUCGGCUGCUCAGUCCAGCAGUGCAGCCGGCCGCUUCGAGUGGAACGACGGUCCUCUGCUCAAGGCCAUGCAGGAAGGGACCUGGCUGCUCCUUGAUGAUGCCAACCUUUGUUCUGCGUCUGUCUUGGAUCGUCUGAACUCGCUGUUUGAGCCUGGUGGCUCCUUGAUCUUGAGCGAGCGUGGCGUCGUCGAUGGCGAGAUCGAGACUAUUCGACCCCACCCUGACUUCCGACUCUUCAUGGCCUUGGAUCCUCAGCAUGGAGAGCUCAGUCGAGCGAUGCGCAAUAGAGGUCUCGAAGUAUAUCUCGCUAGUCGCGACGGAAGUGCGGAAUCUGCCUCUCGUGAUGCUCAGCGUCUCGCAAGCUUGGAUUCUUUCGGUCCUCUCAUGUCCCUGUCGUCAGACUCUAGCAUCUGGGACCUCGAGGAGACCAACUUGGGUCGAGCGGACCACGCAACCCAGCUGAUGAAGAGCGAGAGCUUCUCUGAGGCAGGGGUUGAGCGCUUCCUCACAAGCUACCUACCGGUGCUUCAAGUGCAUUUGGCAUCUCGAGCGGCGUCUUCGCCUCGGAAUGCCGUCUUCGCUAGCAUGGCCACACUGCUACAGGACGAUGCUACACAGCAGAUCAUAAGCAAAGGACACAGCGCAUGGGGGACCAGUCAUGCGGUUGCAGCCGCCUUUGUGCAAGAGCAAGCGAAUGAUCUAGGCCACAAUCCCAAUCUUUGGGACGGGGGCCUUGAGACCGCUCAAGUCACACGAUCGGCUUUGUCACUGCUGUGCGAUGCGCUGCUCAUUCAGAAGUCCUUGCACAGUGUAGCAAUCGAGGCGGGGCAUCUCAAGCAAGCAGAAGGUGCAAGUGUGCUGCAACGAUCCGCCCGGUACGCUGCUCAAAGAUCCGGCCAAGACAAUGUUGACGAGGAUCAAAGUGUCCGUCUGCUCUACCCCUUCCUCCAAGCCAUCGCAGUUUCCGCCCAAACAGCAGCAAGAUCCAUUGACGAUGCUGAGACAAUGAGAAUACACCAGGCCAUCUCUGAUCGUGGCUUGUAUCUGCUCAAUGUAGCGGCCCGGCCACUCUUUGACUUUUCCGCCAUUCAGAUCGUCAUGGGUGACAUCUGCACCUUCCUGACACAGCUCAAGGGCACGGGCACGCAGCUCCUGGACUUGGCCACGGCUCUCUACCACAGAGUUGCUCUUACUUCUGGCUUCGCAAUGAAGCAGAUCUGGGAGCUGUCGAUGCCCCCCGUCGCUUUCCCCGAAGCUCAGGAAUCUUCACGAGUUUUGCUCGAGCUAUUGAGCGCAAUCGAGUCGCAGCGCUCCAACAAGCAGCUUAUCGCAACUGCCAUUGACGUUGUCGCCACAUUGCAACUGCCUGAACAUUUGUGGACCACAUCACAGAGAGAUGACGUCUCGUCUCUUGCACAAGACAUUAUCAAGCGGCUGCGUGAAGUCGUCGCUCAAGGCGGAAAGCAACCUCGAGGGACAAUCUCAAAGGCCAAGAUUACGACUUGGGAGGUCCAGUGCCUCGCUGCUCUGGAGCUGCAGACCCGGGGGCUUCGCGCCAGCCCGCUGCUGCCCGUCAUCUCGUCCGAGGGCUUGAAAGAGAUUGUUGACGCUUCUGCAUAUCCUUUGCGGGCCGCUGUGACAAUUCGUCAGCUAGGCUGGCAAGCCGGACGCGCAGACAUGCAGUCUGACAUCGUUGCCACGUCAACGGAUGGCUUCUUCGAUUGGGUGGCUCCCCUCGCCGAGGAUGGACCUGGCUGCGAGGAGCUAUUCCGACCAUUCUUGUUGAAGCAUGCUCUCUUCCCGUCGCCUGCAUCACGUAUCACCUUGAGCGAGCUGCUAGUCUACCGCCAACAGUGUGCACGCUUGGGUCGGCUGACGUCCCUCCUGAGGCCUGCUACUUCGAAGUCGCGUGGCAGUAGUCUCUUGCAGGAGCUCGCUGACUUUGUCGCCGUUCUGAUCAGAGCUCUCGAACCAGGACCAGAAAGUGCAACAGCCGAUGAUCGAACGUCUGCGGCGCAAAGUGCAAUCCAGAAGGCGAAAGACAGUAUCCGACUUCAUAUGAGGUCGCUAGACCGCUUUGACGCUGAGUCAGACUUCGAGCUCUUGACUCGGCUUGGUCAAUGCUGCAUCUCGAUCGCGCUCGAGGUCCUUGCCUUGUACCUUCCAAACGUGGCCAUCGACCCUCUCAGCUCGCUGCGAACCCGCGAGUGGAUGGCACAGGACCAGAUCUCGUCUCGGGAUGAGCAGGUGCGCAUUGCACGCUAUGCAGAGGAAUUGCUGACUGGCAACAGCACCAGCCCCAUGAUCGGAUUCCUAGGCCGUCGUCUGGAUGAUUCACUUGCCGAGCAGCGCACUGUUGUGUCCAAGAGUGCAGUCUCUCGGCAGCCUGAUCUGGCCAUGUUGACUCGCUUCUUUGGCGACGUGCAUUCUUUCACAAGGCAGAUGCUAGACCCAGCUAAGCUCCAGGAUCUCACUGGACAGUUGGAGAAUGCAUGCAAUGAUCAGAGCGUAGCUCGCGAGCACAGUCUUCAGGCCUCGCUGCAGAGCUUCCGCAGCCGGCUGGAAUCCGAGUAUCAAGCCCUUUCAGACCUAUGCGCUCCCCUCGCGACUGUCACUAGCAUGCUUCAGAUUGGCUUCCGUUCCCUGCUUGUUAGCUCACUGCAAGCUCGAGCACCUCCUGCAAAGAAACGCAACGAAGGCAUCUUGGACGCUCUCGUCAAAUUUCCAUCCACGUACUCAUCCGAGCACUUUGCACAGAUGGAAUUGCCCAUCAAAGUAAAGGCUGGAGCCAGUGGAUCAUCGUCUCAAACCUCGCUUGCUGUGCCUAUGCUCCUGACAGUGCUUGCUGGCUUGAGUCAGGACAUUGCAGAUGGCAAGGCUCCCAAUGCCAUCCUGCGCUUGCUCAGCCGCUCCUACGAUCAGCUCUUCUUCGUCUGGACACUGGACAAAGAGGAAGAGAGGCAAGCUGCACAGGCUGAAGCUUCCUUGUUCAAGUCCCGAGAUCUCGAUAUCGAGGACAAGGAUGACCCCGAGGUGCAAGAAGCAGAGUUCAGGAGCAUGUUCCCAGACUACUCCGAGGAUGUCCUGGACAGCACUGCAAGCGGCACCGCGAAUGGCGCCGCCAGCAAGACUCACAAUGCCUAUCUGAGGCCGGAGCAUUUGUUGCGGCUGCACAAACUUCACCUUGCCAUGUUCUCGCAACAGAAGAGCACGCGUCGAACAUCAGAGUCUCGAAUCUUCCGCCAGAUGCGAACCGAUCUCGCUCGACCGUUGCUCAUCAGCUCGUACGACAGCUUGACGGAGAAACUUGACCAGUCAGGCGAAGCUUUCCAGCUGUCUCUGUUGCAUAGUGAGGCGGGGCUUGACGCCAGCGACGCCAGCGUCCCCAACUUUUACCUCGAUGCGAAUGUCGCAGAGACAAGUAAGGGCACGGAGAUUGUGCUCGGAAUGAGGGACAGACUUGACGAGCUGGUCAAAGAGUGGCCGGAUCAGAUGAUCCCGCAGCACAUCCGCGAUCGCUGUGACGCCAUCUUGCGUCUCGACUCUGCGAGCCCAGUCGCCAAGAUCCUCGCCGCACUCGAGCAGCUGUUUACACAUACAGAUGAUUGGGAGGGCUACGCCAACUCUAGCAACUCACUCGAGAAGCACCGUGAAAAGAUUCGCAAACAGAUUUCAGACUGGCGUCUUCUUGAGCUCCAUAGCUGGGCAAAGCUGCUGGACACUCAAGCAGAGCAGCACACUGCUUCUGUUAGCGAGUGGUGGUUCCGCCUCUUUGAGGUUGCUGUGCGAGGUAUGCAAGCUGCUAUGGCAGAAUCCGAGCAGAAAGGCAACGAGCACCUGAGCUCUCUCGUCGGUCUUCUGGACCAGUUCAUCCGCUCCAGUGACUUUGGACAAUAUGAGGCUCGAUUGGACUUGGUCUCCUCCUUUGGCAGCUACUUGGAGUUGCUGACGCAGCAUGCUCCCGCCUCUGAAACCCACGGACUCGACAAAGUCUCAAGGGUUCUACAGAAUGUAAGCGCUUUCUACUCACAAUUCAAGGGCAGCAUCAAUGAGCUCUACAGCAAGCAAAGAGCCAAGAUCGAAAAGGAGAUUCGAGACUUCAUCCAACUCACACGCUGGAAGGACAUCAACAUUCUCUCCCUGCGAGUAAGUGCCCAAAAGACACACAGGAAGCUUCACAAGUGCGUUCGUAAUUUCCGUACCAUUCUCCGUCAACCAGUCGACCCAAUCUUGGCAGGUUUCUCCGAGAGCAGAGUGGACGUCUCGCAGCCCUCUAGCAAUCAGGUCAGUCACCGCCGCAUUCCUCUACCUCUCGUAGACAGCGACAAAGCGCGUGCGGUCUUUGCAUCUCACGAGGGCUACCGCAUGAGCGCAGAUGGCGUUCAACGCCCCCAGCACCUGCAGAAUCUGGGGCGCACAUUUGAGACUCUGCACCAGAUUGCGGGCAAGGACUUGUCGGAAGCUUUGUGCGCCGUGCAUGUUGACGGCCUGCAAGAGCUGGCGACUGCGAUCAUCGAACAGUCUCGAGCUCUUGCCCAAGCAACGCCUGCUUUGGCAAAAGAAGACAAUCUCAAGGUGAUUAAGAACUUGACAAACCGUAAGCGCAAAGCCUGGACAGAUUUGCUGCGAGAGAUGAAACGCAUUGGUCUCUCGCCCUUUGUGAGCCCCGACAUUGUCUCGCGCAAUCAGGAUGCGUCGUUCGUCUACGGUCAGAAGGUCCUUGACCCUCACGCGGAUGAUGAAGGCGCAAGCGAUGUCAACGUAUACUUCUACCGACUCUUGACUGGAUUACCAAGGAUGCGAGAUUCUCUCCAGGCUGCUCAGGGCGACCUGCCCAUGUCGGAGCUUCAGAGGGGCGCGUCCUACUGUGAGCACGCCAUGAGCAUCGUCUUCCAGGAGCGAGAGAGGCUAGCGGGCUUGCUGGCCUCGAAAACGCGCUUGAACGCGCUCGCAGCUAGACUGCUCAAGGUCACCGAGCUUCACGGUAAUGACAUGGAAGUAAAGAGAUGCCCGAACGGCACUCUGCAGGCGGUCGAAGGGCUGACGUGGACGCUGCACCGCGUGGUAGCUACAUUGUUAGAAAUUGACGUUGAAGCUGUCAAGCACGCGGCCGUUUCCUCACUGAGCAGCAGAGGCAUCGAAGCUUUCCGUCAAGAGCUGUCGCAGGAGCGCGUAGAGGCAGCAAGACUUGCAAAGCGAGUGUCAGAGCUGGUCGAAGAUCUACACAGCUGUCAUGCAGCCUUCUGGACUACAGAGGAGGAGGCGGUGGUCUCUGUGGCUGCUGCCUUGUUACCUCGCCUGGCCGACAGACUGGCAGCUGGUGAGCAUGCCAUCCCGGCCCUCGCAGCUCUUUGCGUCCCUACGUACGGCUGGUUGCGGAAGGUCAGCAUGGAGACAUCAGAAGCACUGAGCGCAUCAAUCAAGCAAAUGAAUGGAGGCACUGGUUCUGAGCGAGUCAAUAGCACAGACUCUGUCAUCACUUCCAUUCUCCUCAUUGCUCAAGAGGUUCGAAAGCUCCCUGCUUCACUCUCCAGCGACAAGGAUGCCGAAGAUCUGGCAGACAAAGCGAUCGUAUCUGAUCUUCGAAGCUUGAGGACAGCCGAGCGCACAUUGCGCCUCCCCGAGGUUAUGGAGCAGGUUUCCGCGUCGCUGUCCGGCAAUGAGCCACUCGUCGAGUUGGCUCGUAUUGCUCCGUUCGUGGCAGUGUACGCUCAAGUUGUGUCUGCUCAUAUCGACUCUUCUUCGCGAUGGCUACGGAGUUUCUCGAAGCUCAACCACAUCAUGACCAACACCGUCACUUCACUCUGCAAUAAAGGCUUCUGCAAACCUCCCGAGCAAGAUGACUCCAAGGAGGCAGAUGCAGCCGGCGAGGGCAAAGAGCUCGAAGGCGGUACCGGUCUCGGAGAUGGUACUGGUGCUCAGGAUAUCACCGAUCAGAUGGAUGAAAAUGAGACGAUCGAAGAGCUUCAGAAGAAUGAAGAUGAGGAGAAUGGCGACGCAGGCGACGAAACUCAACGCGAAAAGGGUGCUCGGGAAGCUGAAGACGACUUUGGGGGCGACCUUGAAGAAGUCAGUGCAAACGGCGACGACCAGGAUGACGGAGAGGAAGAGCAAGACGGUCAGCAAGAAGAACCCGACGAUCACGUUGGUGACGUUGAUCCGCUCGACCCCAAUGCGGUCGAUGAGAAGAUCUGGAGCGGAGAGAAAGACAAAGAAGACCAGAAAGGCGAGUCAAAGGAUGAGACGUCAAAGGAUCUCGAUGGUCCGGAUGAGGAGAAUGCCGACUCUGCGCCUAAGCAAGAGGGUGGCAAGGAGGACGACAAGUCUCGAGGUGAGAGCGCCAACGACAAGCAGAAGAAGCAAGGCGAAGAGGAUCAGGCACCUCAAGAUGAAGCCAAUCAAGAAGACUCCCAAGAAGUGGAAGGCAACGAAGAGGGAGAAAAGCAAGAGGAAGGUGACGGUGAGAUAGAAGCGGAAGAGGAUGCCGGUCAAGAGCAGCAAGGCGCAGGUCGAAAGAUGGACGACAACAUCAACGAGGGAGACAAUCUGGACAUUGACGAUGAGUUGAAGAUGUCGGACGAUGAAGGCGGAGCGAAUGCCUCUGACGUGGAGGACGAUCUUGGAGACAUCGAUCUCGAUGACGAGGCCGAACCCGGCGAAGACGACAAGGGGGAGCAAGAGGAGGGCCAAGAAUUACCCUUCGAUGCCCAAGAAGAGUUCGAAAAGUCCGAAGCGGAGCCAAAAGGAGGACAAGAUGCUGAACCAUCCGAAGCAGAGGUAGCCAAAAAUGAGGGAGAGGAGGCCAUGGAAGAGGACGACGAGGAUGGCGACGAUGGCACUGAAAGACAAGAGGGUGCCGAUGGGCUCGAUCACGCCGAUACCGACGGACAACUCGACGAAGGCGCCGAUCCUCUGCCGGACGACGACAUGGCCACCGAUACGCAAGCUGCUGGCGAUAUCUCGGCUAGUGCUAACCAAUCACAAGGUGCUCGUGGGCGGCAAGGACGCCAGGCAGCCAACGACUCUCGUCCUGAUGCACCCGAAGGCCAAGCCGAAGCUGACAAUGAGGCUGUCGAACAAGACGAUGACGCAACUGCACCCAAGGACAAGCCCUCCACCUCUGCUGCUGGACAAAAGGCGACGGAGGAAGGGGAGGCCAGUGAGCAGCAGCAAGAUGACGCUGAAAAGGAAGCCAAUCCGGUCAGGAGUCUGGGCGAUGCGUUGAAGCAAUUCCGUCGCAAUCUGGACUCGAUCGCCGAAGCGAAGCCGGAUAGGGACGCCGACGAGACGAGGCCCACCGAGGAGAAAAAGGCAGACGGCGAGGGAAUGCCUGAAGAAGGUGAAGUUGAGCACAUUGCCGAUGACGAAGAUGCAGAGAUGCAAGCUCUUGGAGCUGCUGAUGAAGAGGAGGCAACGCAGAGACUCGCAGAGAGUCGCAUUGAAGACGACACCCAAGCGUCUGACCUGCGGCCUACUGGCGACGAUGCCGAUGGAGACCAUGAUAUGCAAGAUGAUGUUUCCCGCCUCGAGCAAGCCCCUCUUCCUGACUUUGAUCAGGAGGAAGCUCGUCGUCAGCAGUCGUCCACUGAGCAGAGGCAGAAGCAAGAGCAGUCCAGCAAAGCUCUGCUGCCCUCUGACAUCGAGAAGCAAGCGGAGCAAGACGCUCGACGACAGGCUGGUGUGGAUGAACAGCGCCAAGAGGCAAGCAACGAGGAGGGGAUGCUCGAUCAUGUUGAUGGCGAGUACGAAGAGGAGCUCAUUGAUCCCGUCUCAGAUGAAGCCCGUCAGCUAGCAGACCACGAUGUUGAAGAAGAGUUGGCUGCGUUCCGCUCUCUCGAAGCGGACGAGCGAGCCGAGAAGGCUGCCGAACUCUGGCGAUCGUACUCGACGAUGACCUCCGAUUUGGCCUUUGCUCUCUGCGAACAGCUCAGACUGAUCCUGACACCUACCUUGGCCGCAAGACUGAACGGUGACUUCCGCACCGGAAAGCGACUCAACAUGCGCAAGAUUGUGCCCUUCAUCGCUUCCGAUUUCGCCAAGGACAAGAUCUGGCUGAGACGUACGAAGCCGUCCAAGCGGGAGUACCAAGUUCUGCUAGCCCUCGAUGACAGUCGAAGCAUGGCCGAAAACCGAAGUGUGCAUUUGGCCUACCAGACUCUAGCACUCGUCAGCGGUGCUCUCGGUCGCCUGGAGGUGGGCGAUAUCAGCAUCUGCCGAUUCGGAGAGAAGGUGCAGACCUUGCAUCCCUUUGGUAAAGGCACCUUUGGAGACGAAAGCGGUGGUCAGAUCCUCAAUCAGCUUUCGUUCGAGCAGAAAGGCACGAACAUGGUGCGGCUGGUGGAGCACACCCUCAACUCUCUUCAAGAGGCCCGAAACACUAGAGGCAGCUCUAGUGGGUCAUCUGCAGCGGAACUCUGGCAGUUGGAAAUCAUCAUCUCAGAUGGGGUCUGCCAGGAUCAUGAGCGACUGCGAUCCCUCUUGCGUCGCGCUAACGAGCAGCGUGUGAUGAUCGUCUUUGUCAUUGUCGACUCUCUGGCAAGUGGCAGCGGUGGAGGCGGUCAAAGCAGCAAGGCAAAGCAGGGUGCGGCGGCCAACUCGAUCCUGUCCAUGUCGUCGGUGAGGUACGAGACCGACCCUGCCACGGGUCGCAUGGAGCUCAAGAUGGAUCGUUACUUGGACAGCUUCCCCUUUAGCUACUACGUUGUGCUGCGAGAGGCAGAGGCAUUGCCAGAGGUCUUGUCCACUACUCUCCGACAGUGGGCGGAGAAGAUCAGGGAGGCGGAGUGAGAAGAUGUAGUAAAGAGCGAGGGGAGGCCGUAGACUGUCAAGACGAAACGUAGAAUUAGCAUCAAUUGUUACCAUUGCU